AUGCCACGCUACGAAGACUUUCUGAGUCCACGAGACCUCCUGGUCAACGAUGACUUCUGCUUGACGCUGUCCACCUUCCGUACGCCGUCGGGGAUUAUCCAGGCGAUGGAGACCCUCCCGAGCGACGACGACUCCCUCCAGCAGUACGCGAGCUUCUCGGACAAUGGCUAUCAAAUCCUGUAUAGUCACUUGAGCCCGGUAGCCGACGAGUUGAUGACGAUAAACAGCGACUGCGUUGGAUUCUUGACCACAAGCGAUGAUGCUGCUGGUCAGGGCAGCCGUUGUCUCAACAAGCCUACCACUGAUGGCGGCGGCGACCGUGUUGAUGCUGAUGAUAAUGACUUGAACCAACUGUGCGCAUGGGAAACGAUGACGACGCUCUCCCAGUAUAUCGACGAUUACUCGGAUAAUGCUGGCGCUGAAGACUCUGGAGACUCGUCCUACGGGCUGAUGCUGCGGGAGUACGCAAUUAAUAAUCGAGCCGACGACCCUAAGACCAAGAAGCUGGCUAAGGACUGCCGGAGCAAUGGAUCCACACUUCAGACGCUCGAACAGUCCGUGGAUCAAGCUCUUAGCAAGGAGUAUGGAGAUAUACAAGACUUGUAA